GAGGUCAAGUUUUCAGUUUUUCUCUGGAAUUUCUUCCACGCAAUAAAUAACUCCAGAUUUCCCAUCUUCGGUACUAUUUCAAUUCUUCCCACUCCAAGUGGUCUUUUCAACACAGGUGCGGUGCGUGACAAAGCAUUAAGUAAAUGCGGCAAACAACCCGAGCCACCAGAUUCGACGUCUCUUUUAGGUCCAAACCGUGCCAAAUCUGAUCCUAUCGCCAAUUGCUCAACAAGAUUGAAUGGUACCAUGGCAACUUUCAACCAUUCUGCAUCCAAGAUGCUGGGUUCUCCCAGCGAAGUUAAUUCUGCAAAGAACAACAAUCAAGAGAAUAUCGCCUCGACUGUCAGGCCAUUGAGUGCUAACAGCCCAGCCACUAAUCGAACUCCUCUAGCAAAAUUAGCACCACCUGUGACGAACACCACAACAUUCGCAUCUCCUGCAAGGCCAGUUUCUGCUAUGCCAGCGAGGUCUCUCUUAUUUGGCUCCAACACAGUCGGUCCCGGCUUCGAACCUUUUAGAUCUUGUGCAGUCAGCAAUACUACUAGCCCUCAAGCAGUUCAAGCUUCUGAGCCUCCAUUCACUAAGGCUUCACAUCAAAUCCAAAGCGACACAGUUAAUCCGCACCCCCAGAAACGCGCCAAGAUCACACAUAACAUCGCCGCUCAACUGCCCGCCAGUGAGUUCACAAACAGACUCGAUUUGUUUCGCGGUCCUGAAGUUCUGGUCACCGCUGGCAUCCAGCUGGGAGUCAAAAACUAUCUCAUACCUAAAGCAUUACUUGUUCAGGCUUCACCAUACUUCCAGAAUGCCAUCACAGCUGAAACUUUGGGUCAAAUUACACGAGAAACUCUCAAAAUCGAUUGUUCAAUCGUAGCCUUUGAUUUCGUUGUUCAAUAUCUUUACACUGGUGCUUUUGUCCGCUCUGAUAUUGCUGGUUUUAGUUCUGGGUCGCAACAAGUUACAAAUCUUAUCGAUUUCUACGAGUUGGCAGAGAAACUUGGUCUUGAUAUCUCGGAUAUGAUCUUGGAUAAUAUCAAAGAGCUGCUUAUGAUGGAUCGUCUCUAUCUCCAGGCAGGCCACAUUUGCAAAGUUGCCAAUUUUCCAGACGGCCAAAAACUUCUAAUGUUGUUUGCGCGCUCAUGCAUUCAAACAUACCUUCAGUCUGUCAAUCCUAUUCAUGGGAAGGCUUGGACAUUCCGUUUUCAAAAAGAGCUCGACACAUUGGAUGGAUUUGCCGCGAAUCUCAUGCGUGUGUAUCGAGAAGUGGCAGACCAACGUACACCUUGCAUGUUCACCGAGUCGUGUGAUCUUCUCAAUGGCAAGAAAUUCUCUUAUUGAGCGAGAUUGAGGGAUAAGAAUGAUAGUACUGGCCAUACCGUGUAACUUAUAACAUAGGGGCUUUUUUGUUACAUUAACAAACUCUGAGCUUUCUGACUUGCAGUGAAGCAACGGAAGAAUUAAGGUAUGAAUCAUGUGGCAUAUCAUAUUACAUAUGAUACGCAGUAGGAAGAAUUCUCGUACGACACUGAAUUAAAAAUGAAAAGAACCUUGUUGGCCAGAUUAUUCUUUGAUACUGCCACAUAGAAUUAGCGUGAAAUAUAUAACCUUGAAAAACCA